AAAGACAGAUGAUUUUACUAUUGUUCUUUUUUCUAAAUGACUAAAUAUAAUAUAUAACACAUUUGGUUGCAGGUAUAAGCAAGAAAAAGUAAACAGUUAUUAAUAAAUAUUAAAGUUAAAAUGCUGUCACGCUUAUUUAUACAGUACUCAAUUAAGAAGUCAUUGUAAAAUACGUGUAAACUAAUGGACAUUUUUCAAACAUGAAUCACCAAAAGACAAUUUAGCCAUAACUAAUAAACUAUAAUUUUCUGUUAUUUUUGGUGAUUGUAAACAUUUAAGGUAUACGAAAAGUUAUAUUUAGAAGUGCAGGUUAAAAUGGCCCGUCUUAAACAUAGAGUGGAUUUAUGUGCUGAUUGUGGGGCUCUUGAACCAAGCUGGGUGUCUUUAAAUAGAGCAAUUUUGUUGUGUGACGAAUGUUGUAGCAUUCAUCGCAGCUUAGGACGUCAUAUUUCCCACAUUAAGUUUCUUCAUAAAGGACCAUGGAAUUCUUCUAUGUUAAGCAUGGUACGGACAUUACAUGAAAGCGGAGCUAAUAACAUUUGGGAACAUUCUCUUUUGGAUCCCAAUAAUUCGAAGACCAGUAGAAGAAAACCACAAUCUAAAGAUCUGUUGCAUCCUAUUAAAGAAGAUUUUAUUCGAGCUAAGCAUCAACAACUGGCCUUUAUUUUGCGUCCAAGUAAAGAAGAAUUUUGUACAGAGGAAGAAAUCUGUAGACAAUUGCACAGUAGCGUACGAACUACAAAUCUUGAGACAUCUUUACGUUUACUGGCACAGGGUGCAGACCCCAACUACUUUUAUAAGGAAAAAGGAACCACACCAUUACAUGUAGCAGCUCGCGCAGGACAAUCCUUGCAAUUAGAACUUCUUAUAGCUAAUGGAGGAAAUCCCAGUUUAGUAGAUUCAAAUGGCUAUACUUCUGCUGAAAUUGCUAAAAUGGCAGGACAUUUGGAAUUAUCUGAAAGACUUGUAGAAACUAUGUAUGAAGUGACCGAUAAACUGAGCUUCUUCUUGUGCGGACAGAAACCCAACCAUAAGGCAGGACAACAUUUAAUCAUUCCAGAAUGGUCUGGAGAGUCAGAUCGUAGUGAAUUUUCUUUGGAGGCACGAAACAAACUACAAAUGCUGCCUAAUCAUUUGUUAGAGGAGUUAGUAAUGGACGUUUACGAUGAAGUUGAUCGUAGAGAGACAGACUCAGUUUGGCUAUCAGUCGCCUCCCUUCCGGACAGAUGUGCAGUUCCAUUCUUACCUGUGAAUCCACGCCUUUCUUCAACUAGAAAUCAAGGAAGACAAAAAUUGGCACGUUUUACACCAAAAGAAUUUGCCACACUUAUAUAUGAUUUACUCAUCGAAGCUGGCCAUCGACAUAAAUUAGCUUGCCAAACUCCACUUCAAGAUCCUAUGGUAUCAGCCCUUCGCAGAGAGCAAUCCGGAAAAUUUGGUUCUCAAGCGUCAGAUGAUGAGCCUCUAUACGACAGUGUCGCAUCUGACGAUGACUAUACGAUUUUCUCUUCUGAUAACAUGACACGACUAUCUAGUGCACCUUUUUUAGAUAACAAGAAAUCUAUGACUCCAAUAGCUAAAGGUUUGCCUUCAGCAGUGGAAGUUCUUAGAAAGCAGUUGACACUUUCUGAAGCAACAAUAAAAGAUCUACGAGAAGAAGUGCGUUCAUUGCAAAAUACUGUUGAGCGCAUUUCUGUAGAAAAUCGAGAAUUGAAAACUAUGAUGCAGCCUAAACCUUCUGACGUAGUCAUAAAUGGACACACAGAAAGUGAAGAAAUAUCAGAAUUAGUGCCUUCGCUUGAUAUUAAAACUGCCGGAGUUCGCGCAAAUCAACGACCUUUUUCAAUGUAUGAAACUAGAGAAGGGUUGCGUAUGCCAUCAGCAUGGAGUACAAACAUGAGUCAGACGAAGGGAGAAAUAGAUUCAAUUGCACGACCAUGUACAACUCCGAGUUUCUGGGAUUACAGUGGAACAAGUAGACCUCCUCGAGAAGAAGUUACCAGGCGAACAGGCCAAGUAACUAAACGAAUUCAAGAAUUGUGGAUGGCUAUGCAAGAUCCCAAUCGCAGAGAAACUUUUGUACCUUGUGCAGAAAGAAUCCGAGUUGCUGUUGCUGAGCUUACAGCAAUAUUCCCUCAAAAUCCAGUUGAGGAAAAUGUACGAGCUGCUUUACGACAGUUAAGCGGCAAUACAGGUCGCCUACAAGCCGAAUGCGCUGGUCUUCAACGAUGUACGAGCGAUCCCGAUCACAUGGAUCGUUGUUUACAACAAGUUCGUUCAUGUGCUUAUGAUAUUGCCAAAGCUACUAAACUUCUUGUCACUCAAUUUCAAAAUUCUUAAUUUCAAAGAUAAACAGUAUCAAGUACCAUAGCUACUAAUAAUUGUAUUAAUUAAUUGAUAUUAAGGUAAUUUCUCUGAGGUGCAGCAUUUUGAGAAUACAUUAAACUUGUUAAUGUAAGUGACGUACUUCUUGUCUGUUGCGAUAAUACAAACAUUGAAAAAGCACCUUAGAUUUACCUUUUAUUGUGAUGUAAGUAUACGCUUAUACGUGUACAGUCUUUGAGAGGUUUACUGACCGAAGAUGUAGUACUCACUAAGUCGAUAAAAGUAUUUCAAAGCAGAUUUAGGUAAAUUUAACAAAAACCCUUUUUUCUGACGUGGUAAUUAAAAUUUUGCUUGUUUAAUUUUGGUUGCAUAAAUCAAUUAACAAUUAAUUACACGGAUAAAAACAUUUUUACUGUUCUUCGUACGAUUAAAAUUUAACAAGUUACAUUUUUUUGAACAAUGCAUGUUUUAAAAUGUCAAGGAGAGCGUGAUUUCUUUUUUUAAUGCAAUUUGAAGCUCUCUAAAAAUUUUUUAAGAUUCGUAAUCAGCGACCCCAAAAACCAUCAAUCCCGAAUUUUAUUAAAAUUCAAACGUAAUGCGUAAUUACUUUUUUCAAAAAAUACUCAAAUUUGUUAGCAUUUUUAACGUGCAUUUUUUAAAAUUAGUAAUACUAUUGUAUUACAUGUAAUGUUUAAUGCACUUUAUUUUUAAUUUUAAUCCUAUAUUCAAUCUUCUUGUUACCUCUCAGUGAAUCGUGAAGACUGAAUAUUCAUUAUUAUCGUUUAUUAAUAAACAAAUAUUAACUUUAAAAUAAGUAAAUAAUUAAAACAAUUAACGAAUGAUUGUUUCGAUUGUAUUGUUAACAACACAUGUACAGAUAUAUUAUGGAUAUUAAAAAUCAUUGUAACGAAGCAGAAUUUAUAUUUUUGAAUUUAUACUUUUCUGAAAUGAGAUACAUGCGACUGAAUUCGUUGUUAUGAAAUUGUUGAAUCUAUAGUUCUCUUUAAUUUAUGUUACUUGAUCUUAUUAAUUCAUUUUUAAUGUAAUUUUUAAUAUACUUUGAGCAUACAGUAGACACGGGCCAAAUUUAAUUUAAGAUAAAUGAAAUAUAAGAUGGUAUUGUUUUUUUCUCUAGAAAAAUAUAAAACAAGAUUAUUAGCGCAUUAUUACAAUUUCAUUAGAAAUUUAUUAGGCUCAAUGAUUUAUAAUUGAAUGUACAAUAAAUUUUUUGAUGGUCGUCUAUCAGUAUGGGUUCAAAAUUUAACUUUGAAACAUAUUAUUUCGAAAAUUUGCUCUACGUUUAGGGCAACAAAAUCGAACAAAAUCAAAUCUAUAUUAUAUAAGAAAUGCAUAAAAUAUUAUUAUGUACCUAACUAACUUUGUAUGUAAGGUUGAGUCCACAAUAGACAGCGUUAAGGAGAUUGAGCUACUUAAGACCAUCGAUAAUCUACUUAAGACCAUUGAUAUCAAUGGUGUUAAGUAGCUCAAUCUCCUUAACGCUGUCUAUUGUGGACUCAACCUCAAAUUAUAUUAAUAAGAAUAUUAAUAAUGUAAAAAAUUCGUAAAUUUGAAUAUUGUAUAUGAAAAAUAAAAUUAUUAACCAAGAAUUUGUAAUUCUACGUAAUAUUAUCACUUGAAUUAUAUGCUAGUUUGUAAUGAAUAUGUAAAAAUGUUGAGAAUUUCACUGGUUUGUAAAAAAUUGACCAAUCGGCUACAAGUACCAGAAUAAAUAAUCAUGUCGAUUUUGGUGUGAUGAAAAUAAAACUUUAACAUUACAA